AAUUUUUGUAUAAAACUGAGGGUAUAGUCGUUGCUCAAUAUCAUUACUUAAGCCAACCUACCAAUAAUAAUAAAAGAGAAAUGAACGGCGAAGGAAAGGUUGUUUGCGUCACCGGAGCUUCCGGAUACAUAGCUUCUUGGAUUGUUAAGCUUUUGCUCCUCCGUGGCUACACCGUCAGGGCCACCGUCCGAAACCCAAUGGAUACAAAGAAAACAAAUCAUCUUCUUACACUUGAAGGUGCAAGUGAAAGACUAAAACUGUUCAAAUCAGAUCUUUUGGAAGAAGGUUCUUUCGAUCAAGCUAUAGAGGGAUGCGACGGUGUCUUCCAUACUGCCUCUCCAGUUUCAUUAACCGUUACAGAUCCUCAGACUGAGAUGAUCGAUCCGGCGGUUAAUGGUACUUUGAACGUUUUGAGAACGUGCGCCAAAGUUUCUUCUGUGAAGAGGGUCAUUGUAACAUCGUCCACUGCUGCUACUCUUUCUAUUAACCCAAACGACGUGGUGGACGAAACCGUCUUCACCGAUCUAAGUGUUUACUUAGCGAUGAAGGCAUGGUAUGGAUAUUCAAAAACUUUGGCUGAGGAAACAGCGUGGCGGUUUGCUAAAGAAAACGGGAUCGAUUUGGUUGUAAUGAAUCCAGGAAACGUGAUCGGACCAGUUUUGCAGCCAACUCUUAAUUACUCUGUAGAAGUGAUUGUGGAUCUGAUAAAUGGUAAAAACCCUUCCAAUAGUUUUUACUAUAGGUUCAUGGACGUGAGAGAUGUUUCUCUUGCUCAUAUCAAAGCGUUCGAGGUCCCUUCUGCUAGUGGCAGAUACAUACUUGCUGAUCCAGAUGUAACAAUGAAAGACAUUCAAAAGCUUUUACAUGAACUGUUUCCUGAUUUGUGCCGUGUUGAUAAGGAUAAUGAGAAUGAGGUGGGUGAAAUGGCAUACAAAGUGUGUGUCGAUAAAUUGAAAAGUUUGGGAAUUGAGUUCACUCCUAUCAAAGAAUCUCUCAAGGAUACUGUUGUUAGCCUUAAGGAGAGGUGUCUUCUUAUAUGAUCAUUGACAUGGACUCCUUGUCAUAUCUUUAUUUUUCUUGUGAUUUUUAAUAAUAAAUAUGAUGUCUAUUGUCUAAGCUUUCACAAUGUAAUGAAAUAUUUGAUUAUAAUCUUCUUUUAUCAAUACUACCCAAAGACUGUUUAAAUCUGAGAGAGUGGUAAAAUUUAAUCUUUC